GACACGCGCAUGGCGGAUGUGUGUUUCUCACAUGAAGCUACUGCAAACCGAAGCAGCUAAACGCGAUUAUGCUGUAGCGCAAAUGUUCAAGAUUGCUGAACUUACGUGAAACGAAAUGGUAUCAACCUCAAGCAUUUGUUGCUAUACUUACAUAUAUCUGGACGAUAAUUAGCAACAUAGCGAUGAUAUUGUCAACCGUCAAAUUCCUGGCUACAACUCAUUUCCAGGCUCAAAUACAGGUGUAAAGACAACAGGUCGUGACGGGAGCUCUUGCAGUUAGCAGAAGAUCAACCAAGUAGCUGAUCUGUGUCAAGAUGCUGCUGUCCCUGGGGAUGCUCAUGUUGUCUGCCACACAGAUCUAUACCAUCUUCACAGUUCAACUCUUUGCCUUCCUCAACCUGCUGCCAGUGGAGGCUGACAUUGCUGCUUAUUCCUUUGAUAACAAAACAGAGAUUUUUGAUGAUCUUCCUGCAAGGUUUGGGUACAGGCUUCCAAGUGAUGGGCUUAAGGGCUUCUUGAUUGGUGCUCGUCCAGAGAAUGCCUGUGAACCCAUCGAGCCCCCUCCCAGAGACAACCUCACAGGGGCCUUCAUUGUCCUCAUCAAGCGCUUUGACUGCAACUUUGACAUAAAGGUCCUAAAUGCACAGAAAGCAGGAUACAAAGCAGCGAUUGUUCACAAUGUAGACUCCGAUGACCUGAUCAGCAUGGGAUCCAAUGAUAUGGAUAUCAUGAAGCAGAUAGACAUCCCAUCUGUUUUUGUGAGUGAAGAAGCUGCCAACUCCCUCAAAGAAGACUACACAUUUGAAAAGGGCGGCCACGUGGUCCUGCUGCCGGACUUCAGCCUGCCCCUGGAGUACUACCUGAUUCCCUUCCUCAUCAUUGUAGGAAUCUGCCUCAUCCUCAUCGUUGUUUUUAUGAUUACAAAGUUUGUCCAGGAUCGGCGGAGAGCUCAGAGAAGUCGUCUCCGCAAGGAUCAACUAAAGAAACUUCCCAUCCACAAAUACAAGAAAGGGGACAGCUAUGAUGUGUGUGCCAUCUGCUUGGACGAGUAUGAAGAGGGAGACAAGCUCAGAGUGCUGCCUUGUUCCCAUGCCUAUCACAGUAAAUGCGUGGACCCCUGGCUGACAAAAACAAAGAAAACCUGUCCCGUGUGCAAGCAGAAGGUGGUCCCGUCCCAGGACGACUCUGAUUCAGACUCUGAGGAGGGGGACAGCGGUGCAGAUGAGAAUGAGGAGGUGUCUGAGAGCACCCCUCUGCUGCGCUCUCUUGCCUCCACUAGCGCUCACUCCUUUGGCACUAUCUCAGCUGCAUCCCGCUCAGAGCAGGACCAGGAGUCCUCGGAAUACGAUGAGGAGGAGCUGGACAGCAGCGACAGCGAACAGGAGGUGACUGUGGAGACUGUGGUGGUACAGAUGCAGCGGGCCUGUUCUGAGGACCACGACCUGCCCAGAGCCUGAGCCGGGCCGGACUGUCAGGCCUCUGUUUCAGCUUUACACAAGAGACUUUGGGGGGGCAGGGUUCACAUGGUAGUGGUCUCCCACAUUUCAGUGUAUCAUGUUGAUUGUGCAACUGGUGCUGAUAUGUCAGUGGUGAUGUACUCUGUACAGUAGCGGGUCAGUACUGUAUGCUAAUCCAGGAGCAGACGCUCGUUUCUACAAAGUGAUUUCUGUACUGUGUAUAUAUAUGAAAUGUCUAAAUCAAGUCAUUUGAUUAUGUUAAUGCCAUAAGAUGACACUGUAAAUACAUUUAGUUAACUCUAUGCAGAAUUAUUUGGAAAAUUCAGCUCAUAUAAACAUAAGACCACUGUAAAUUGUUUUGCCAACUCACCGGUUUAUUGAGAACACUGCUCCUGUGCCACAGGUUUACGGCUCUUGUACAGUCACCUCCGUGUUUGGGCGCCACUACAGCGAUGUGUGAGAACUGUCAGAGCUGAUGGUGGUUGGAGACUUUGGUUUGAGCAACCCAUCACCCAAUGUUGAUUUAUAGGCCUUAUAACAUUAAGAUUGUUUUGUACCGAUUGUAUCUCUUGAUUUCAUCUUGUUAAACCCUGUUGCCUUUCAGUUUUUUUCCAAUUAUGUAAUCUACAUCAGUUCAAUAAAAGAUUUAACCUGAUUUUAUUGCAGCAUUUGUAGAAAUAAAAUGGCUACAAACACU